AUGGCUCUCAAAGCUCUUGGUAUGGUGCUGGACAAAUGCCCCAGCACCCCUAUUUAUAGGCUGUCCACCUCCUCAAUUUGUGGUGGAAAAGCCCUCCCAAAUAUGUGGCCAGAAUUUGCCUUCCAGAAGUUUCAGGGACUAAAUGGUAAUUUCACACCCCUGGGAAGCUUCUGGAUUCUGCUGGCCAACCAGCUCGUGGACCCCCUGCUGCUGGUGAGAAAUCUGCUGCCCCUGCAGAUUUCUGGAACCUUCUGGGCUGUUCCAGCCUGUUCUGGGCGCCACUGGCCCGUUCUGGUGCCUUCUGGAAUUUUCGUAGGCCAACCAGACUCCCCUGGAAUUUUCGUUGGCCAACCAGACCCUCCUGGCACCUUCUCGCGCGCCCCCGAUGAUUCUGGAACCUUCCCGCGCCUUCCAGCACGUCCCCGAGCCUUCCCGUCGCUGGCAGAUUCGAACCUCACUCUGCCUUGCUCCGCAGGCCAACCAUCGCUGUGGGCCAAUUUGCUCCGUAGGCCAACCAGCGAUAGCCCGAUCCUCGCGCGCGCCCGCCUGCGCUCCCAGCACGCGCCUGCCUUGCGCGCCUGCCCCGCGCGCCCCGCAGCUGUGCCUGCGCGUCCUGCGUGUCGCGCCCCCGUUGCGCGCCCCGCAGCGCCCCGCGCCAGUAGGCGUCCCACGGGCCCGUUGCCACAGCGCCCCGCACCCCCUGUGCGUCCUGCAGCUCCUGCACGCCCCGCAGCUCCUGCACACCCCGCAGGCCCAGUUGGCUCCCGUAGGCCUACCACGCCUUGCCAACUGCCUGUGUGCCAGCCCGCUGCCCCUGACGCCCACUGCUGGCAGAAUUGCCCCGUUGGCAGAAUUGGCCAAUCCAGCAGCCCGUCUGCUGUUCUUCUCCACCGAUUGGCCCGUGCCUUUAAUUCUUGGGCAAUUUGGCUCCUUGGGUCGUUUAGCCACUCCCAUAGGCCUACGACCACACAAUUUUGGGGAGUUCGUGGGUGUGUCACCUUCGGUACGUGACACAAGGAUGUUUUCAUUAAUCAAGAACGAAAGUUGGGGGCUCGAAGACGAUCAGAUACCGUCCU